ACGGGGUCCCAGGCAGAAUUAUCGCUGCUGCUUCAAGAUGAUCCUGCUGCUCGGUCUGCUUUCUGUCCUCUGGGGAGACCCGGGUCUGUGUCUGGAGCAGGAUGGAGGCUUCACCUGUGAUGGAGACAUCCGCCAGAUCGCCGUGACCUCCAACUCGGUUUACAUCGCCACAGAGGAGAGGCUGUACCAGCUGAGCCACGACCUGACUCUGAUCAACAGUCUGACCCAGAGAGGAAUCUUAAAGACCGGGAACCAACCGGAAGAUGCGCAGUUUUACCGGGUUUCUGAGACGGCUGCGUGGAACUCAACUUUCAGCAUCAACGUAUUGUUGCCUUUUACAAAGAGCGACUCAAUGAUCAGCUGCGGUGUGACUGACGAUGACUGCGGUUACUGUGAGGUUCUGGACCUGAAGAACAUCUCCAACCUUCUGUACAGGGAACACAUCCAGGUGGGACCUCUGAAGCGCAGCAGCGUGUCUGUCAGCUUUCUGGUGGAUGUGAAGAAGAAAACUCAGACUGACACUUACAUUCUGACCGCGAUACAACAAAACAAAGAGCAGCCUGAAAACAGCAAGUGCGGCAUUAAUCACCAAACUAUCAACCUUCAUGACACAGAUAACAAACAGGGCGGAGGGAUAUUUUCUCUAACUGAUGGAGCUUCAGGCACUCCUGGGAUCAAAAGUAAAGGCGAUGUGGAGUUUGUUGAUGGAUUUCAGAUCAGUUCAACCAUCUAUCUGUUCUCCAACGCGCUCUCAGAUCAAACAAACAGAGUCCGUCUCAUUUGGCUUCAAGGCGAUAAAAGCAAAACGGAUGCACUGAAGUCGCUGCGGGGCGCGUCUCUCAGCACCUCUGACGGUGAGAGCAGCAGACUCGUGGCCUCCUCGGUCAUCCCGGGGGAGCAGCCGGUGCUUUGGAGCGGCGUGUUCAGUGUGGAUGGAGGAGACACCAACACCGAGCUGAUAGUGUUUGACAUCAGCGCUGAUUCCAGCAGAGGGACCGAUAAAGAUCCAGACUUCUACACCUCUGCGCCAUCGAGAGUGACGCCAAAGAGCCUGAAACCAAAGGCGGUGCUCCUCAGGUCGAGCUCCAUGACCUCUGUUCUGGCAGUGAGGCAGAGAGCCUGGAUGGUUUUCUUCAUUGGGACAGGAGACGGGCAGAUCAUCAAGCUUGCUGUGGACAGGAACUAUCACUCUGCCUGUCCCAUGGUGCUCUACGGGACCAACAACGACCACAAAGUGUUUCCCAAACUGCAUCUGGAUCCAGUGGAUCAUAAACAUGUGUAUGUGCCAUUUAGAAACCAGAUGAAGCGAGUUCCUGUGUCAAAGUGCAGCACAUACACAAACGUGCAGGAAUGUUGGUCUGCACAGGAUCCAUACUGUGGGUGGUGUGGCUCCAAAAAAAGCUGCACGUUUGAAGGCGACUGCAUGGAUUCAGACUGGCUGUCCAUUCCUGAUGAUUCCCAAAACAAAAUGAUUUCCCACAGAGUGGAAAAGGACACAAACGGACAGAUCUCACUAAUAAUCCACACACACCUGACUGUGGGCCAGGAGGCAGCGUCUAACUUCACCUGUCACUUCUCUGCAACUUCCAGUCAGAUCUGUAGUCAGAAUAACCCUCCUCCACAGUUCCCACAAUGCACCUGCAUCCUUAAUGGCACAGUUCCUCCUGAUGGCCUGAAUGUCUCAGUAAAAUUUAGACUUGGGACGACAGAACUGUCAGAACGACUGAGGUUAACCAGCUGCUCUGACAUCAGCGGACCACCAACUUCUGUUUUGUGUCAGCAGUGCAUCGAGGCUGGUUGUGGAUGGAAUAAAACCAAAUGUUCUUGGGCCAAUCCAGGAGAGAGUAAUGACAGCGUUUGCCAAAAGUUGGAGUCUGGGAUGAACUUCUCUAUCCCAGAGAUCUCCUCCAUCACUCCCAGUGUGGUGUCUUCUUACGGGAGGAACCACGCAGUGCUGUCAGGCAGCAACCUCAGUGAUGUGACUGCAGUGAGGAUCUGGGCGCUCACCGACUGUACUCCAAAAGAAUCUCCUGUUUGGAAAAACACUGGUGCCAGUCUGACGUUCCACAUUCCCAGUUCGGAUAUCAAACACGUGGCCAGUGUAUGUGUUCUCCUCCCAGAUGGGAGUUGCCACAGCGAAGCUAAAAUCACCUAUCGCUCGUCACCAUCCUGCUCCAACAUUAUUCCAAGCAGCAGCUGGAUCAGUGGGAAGAGGAAGAUCACACUCAUAGGACGCCACCUGGAGUUUGUUGAAGGGGUCUUACACAGCCAUGCCAUGCAGGAUGUCAGACUUCCCAGAGACAUCAAUGCUCAGACUCUCACCUAUGACACACCUGCAGCUGAAAACACUCCAAAGAUUUCUAGCAGCAGUGUGUUUUUGAAAGUAGCCAAUCAAACCUUGGUCUGCUCCACAAAACUCUCCCUCUAUCCAGACCCUGAGUUUACCAGCUUCACAGCCACGAGGACAGGGGAAGACGUCCACAUCACCAUACAGAAAAAGGCAGACAAGCUGCAGAUGAUGAUAGAAGAGUUAUCAGUGUGGGGCAUUCAAGGCAAUAAGACACACCAGUGCAUCAUGGAAGCUAAAGAAACCAGUAACAAUGAGGACUCUUUCACCUGUGAGAUUCAAAGCCUGCCCAACCCUGAAUUUCAGAAGCUAUUGAUAAAGUUUGGUGAGAGGUCAAUAAGCCUUGAUCCUCAGUCUUUAUUACACUCAGUCCUUCAGAUGGUGCGUUUCAUGCUGAUACCCUGUGUUAUUGCUGCCUUGGUCAUCAUCUAUUUUUGGCAGAAGGGACUCACUGCUGAGAUGAAUGACCUCUGACCUCUGACCUCUGACGAGCCUGAGUGUUACUGGGAAGAAGUUCACGCUUUGUCUGAAGAUCUGUAUUAGAAAGCUUCAGAAAGCAGUGUUUGUUUUAUUUUUCUUUCUCUUUUAAAAAUGUAGGUUUUACUGUGUUUUUAUUGUUUAAAUCAGAGGAAAUUAUUUUAUGUUGGAAGCAGCUUAAAGAGUUUUGACUGUGGACUAGUUUAGAAAGAGAGGUUCUGUUCUUUGUGCUUUGUUUUCUCAUUUUUUGUACUGUUACAGCUUAAUAUAUGUUUAUAUUUAUACAGAAUCAUUGGGAUUUAUGAUUUAUGAAGUAACUGUUUUACUUGUUGUGUUAUCAGGACACAAAUAGAAGAUUUGUUUUAGCUGUUGUAUAUUUUGUCUUUUACAUAUUUUAACAGAUUUUAUAUCACAUGUUCUUCUCACGUGUAAAAUAGAUUUAUAGUGAAGUCCAUCAGUAUUUGGACAAUGACACAACUUGUGUAGUUUUGUUUUGCCUCUGUGCACCACCACAAACCAUCAACAUGUGAUUGAAGUUCAGAC